AUGUCUGUGGCCGAAUACACUCUGGAGUUUGAUCGGCUGUCCAAAUUUGCUGGUGAUCUGGUGGCUACAGAUUUCACCAAAAAAAAAAAGAAAUAUGUUAGAGGACUUAAUGCCACAAUCAAGGCUGAUGCUGGUCCUUCUACUGUGACAGGUCAGCUUUCUGUUGCUGGUACUUUAUUGACUGUGUUAAUUGAUUCUGGUGCGACGCAUUCUUAUAUUUCAAGUAGAAUAAUUGAGCAGCUGAAUAAACCUAGUGAUGUGCUUUCUAGAGGUUUUGGAACCUUGUUGCCUACUGGGGAGUUGGUUAUCUCCAGCAGGUGGGUUCGAUCCCUUCCAGUGUUUGUGGAAGGAAGAGAGUUAUCAGUUGAUCUGAUAGAAUUAAAUCUGGAGGAUUUUGAUGUUAUUUUGGGGAUGGAUUGGCUUGCUAAAUACAACGCCACCAUUGACUGUAAACGAAAGAUGGUAACUUUUCAGCCUGAGGGCGAGGACCCCUUUGUAUUUGUGGGGAUUUGUUGUGUGAGAAGUGUUGUGGAUAUUUCCAGGGAACCACUAGCGGGACCGGAGCAUGUCCCAGUGGUUCGAGAAUUUCUGGAUGUGUUCCCAGAAGAGUUACCAGGGUUGCCACCAAAACGUGAAAUUGAUUUUGAGAUUGAUUUAAUACCAGGAGCUGAGCCGGUAUCGAAAGCUCCCUACAGGAUGGCACCUGCAGAGCUGAAAGAGUUAAAAGUUCAAUUACAGGGGAUGAUGGGAGAGGAGGAUAUUCCCAAGACAGCUUUUCGGACCCGGUAUGGUCAUUAUGAAUUCCUGGUAAUGUCCUUCGGAUUAACAAAUGCCCCGGCAGCAUUUAUGGACUUGAUGAACCGAGUGUUCAAAGAUUUUCUGGAUGAUUUUGUUAUUGUCUUUAUCGAUGAUAUUCUAAUUUAUUCAGACUCGGAAGAGACUCACGAAAGACAUCUUCGAAUGGUAUUACAACGUCUGAGGGAGCAUAAGUUGUAUGCCAAGUUUAAGAAAUGUGAAUUCUGGUUACCUCAGGUGAGUUUCUUGGGGCAUGUGGUGAGUAAAGAUGGUAUUUUAGUGGAUCCAGUAAAGAUUGAAGCACUGCGUGACUGGCCUCGACCUAAGUCAGCAACUGAAGUUAGAAGUUUCCUGGGGUUAGCAGGGUAUUACCGAAGAUUUGUUGAGGGCUUUGCAAAGAUUUCUACGCCUUUAACUGAGUUGACCCGAAAGAAUUGUAAGUUUGUUUGGACUGACAAGUGUGAAGGUAGUUUUCAGGAAUUGAAGCAAAGGUUGAUUACCGCUUCGGUGCUAACCUUACCAAAAGGUGAUGAAAAGUUUGUGAUUUAUUGUGAUGCAUCCAAACAAGGGUUAGGUUGUGUUCUUAUGCAGUCAGGGAAAGUGAUUGCUUAUGCAUCCAGGCAAUUGAAGGAGUAUGAACAACGAUAUCCUACCCAUGAUAUUGAAUUAGCAGCUGUUGUCUUUGCACUAAAAGUUUGGCGUCACUAUCUAUACGGUGAGAAGUGUGAAAUUUAUACAGAUCACAAAAGCCUCAAGUACUUUUUCACUCAGAAGGAUUUAAAUAUGAGGCAACGACGAUGGUUAGAACUGGUCAAAGAUUAUGACUGCGAGAUUCUCUACCACCCUGCAAUGGGUACUAAGUUGAAAUUCAGUACAGCUUUUCAUCCUCAAACCGAUGGUCAAUCUGAAAGGACUAUCCAGAUACUUGAGGAUAUGUUGAGAGCAUGUGUAAUGGACUUUGAAGGUUCUUGGAACAUUACUGCAGUGGAUACCAGCCAACCUGUGACAUCUGGACCUGAGAGUACAAGAUUGGAGAAGCUCCGUGCUGCGGUGAACCUUGCAUUUGAAGAGCAAAGGCAUCUGUUCGCUGAAUGGAGGGAUAAAGAGGUGGAAACGUUGAGGGCUCAACAUGCAGCCAUUGACAACCGAACAAGACAGGCCACCUCACAAGUUCCACCUGUGGGCCCAGUGGUAGGCGGCCAGACCUUAUCUAGUAAUUCGUCAGGAGAGGUUAUACCUAAUAACUCCACCGAGGUUAAUGGUUUUGGCCAGGUGAUCAGUCAAACCAACAAGUCACUGAGACAACCAAGGAGAGGGUUAGACGAGCAGUAUGUCGCACCAGCCACUACACCUAGGGCUCGUGUUCAAAAUCCCGCUCAAAGAGAUUCUGACGUGACUCUGGUCGGCCAAGAGACUGAAGAAGUAAAUCCAUCUGUGCAGGCACAGUUGGAUGAACUAAAAAAUAUGUUCCAAGGUCUGGCCAGUCAGAAGAACAAUGACCUCGAGUUGGACCGAGCACGUGGAACCCCUUUCUCCCCAGAGAUCAAUGUCCUAGAGUUGCCUCACAAGUUCAUGAUGCCAACCUGGAAGAUGUAUACUGGGAAGGAAGAUCCCUUAUCACAUGUUAAGUAUUUUGAAAUGCAAAUGGACCUACAACGAGCUUUCUCCUCAGAAUUUCAUGCGCAAUUCUCUUAUUCUUGCAAACUCCCAUUGCAUUUGGAAGACCUGGUCGAAGUGAAGCAAAGGCCAGGAGAACCUCUCCAAGCUUAUAUCAGCAGAUUCAUGAUAGAGGCAACGAAGGUUGUAUGGUUGACUGAAGAAGGGAAAUUGACCGUGAUACUGGAGGGCAUUGAAGUUCUCGGAGAACUUGGAAGGAUAUCAAAAGAGACAGACCAGUAUAUUCCAUGA